AUGGCCACGGGACGAGCCCUGCUGGGCGCUCUGCUACUGCUGUCCCUGCAGCUGGGCCGGGGCCCUGAGGCUCUGGGUGCCGCGGUGGCGGAAGAGAUGUCGCCGGAUCAGGCUGCGGACGCUGGAGGGAGCCGGACGCCCCCGCUGGGUAAGGAGCCCCGUGCCCGCGUGCGCCGAGCCCCCGCCGGCCCGUGCCAGCUGUGGAGCCUGAGCCUGCCGGUGGCCGAGCUGGGCCUGGGCUUCGCCUCGGAGGAGAGGGUCAUCUUCCGCUACUGCGCCGGCAGCUGCCCCCGCGGCGCCCGGACCCAGCACGGCCUGACGCUGGCCCGGCUGCAGGCGCAGGGCCGAGCCCACGGCGGGCCCUGCUGCCGGCCCACGCGCUACGCCGACGUGACCUUCCUUGACGACCGUCUCCGCUGGCAGCGGCUGCCCCAGCUCUCGGCGGCCGCCUGCGGCUGUGGCUGAG